CAGUGAAUCUGUCCAACCACGCACAGGUUGCGAGUUGAACAAGCAUUCCGUUAAAAAAAAAGCCAUUCUGGUCGUGCACGGAUUUUUUGUUAUUGAUUUUUCUAAAACUUGAAGCGCAAUAGGUUAUUCCUUCACUGCGCUAUGAGAAAAACAGACAGCAACGACUUCUGCAUUAUGAAGAAGCUUUUCUUAAAUCUUUCGAAUAAUUUUUCUAAAUGAACAUUAAUUGCAAUUUAGACAACAAUCUGCAUGAUAAUAACUGCAAUUUGGCUAUGUCUACAUUUUUGAAAAAUGUAAUAUUUCAAAUCAGCACAGAUAUUUUAUAUAUUUGAAAUGUGUUAUGAGCUUGCAUGAAUUCUGAAGAAACGUAUUAAGAAAGGUUUUCAAGGCUUCUUGUGGCUAACACCGGUCAGAGCAUCGUUGGAGGCGACCAAAAGUACCGCAGGCGCAGUCCCCUUCCGCAUUUGUACGGGAAUCCAGCCCGGUUGUUCUCGAGCCAGCAGACAAAUAGCAUCAACCGUAGGAGGGGAAGGGAUACAGACUCGUGCAAGGCUAAUUGUAGCAGCCAGCAUUCGCAGGUGUAACACUGAUCCGCCUGUGUGUGGAACUGGGGUAUAAUCUCGACAAGCCGUUCAAAGCCUUGAGAGUGAAAAAACUGGGAGAAUGUUGCACCAAGUACAAUGAGAGCCCAUUUGUCGCAGACACACAAAUCCACAUAUGACUCUGUCGAAUUCAAAUUUGGUGAGCAACACUGAAGCGACUUUGGAAUCUUAAAAAGUGGAUCACACGACUUUACAAUCAUGCGAAACACUUGGUUGUCUGCCCGGAGUUCGAUUUUGGAAUACUGGACAUCGGCCAUUCUAUGUAUCUUUUGGAUUCAGUACUCUUGUGGGAUGCCUCAUGUCAUUCGAAUAGGGGGGAUUUUUGAGCAAACAGAGGGACCAGUGCCGCUCGUCAGCCCAGAGGAGCUUGCCUUUAAAUUUGCGGUGAACAACAUCAACAGAAACAGGACUUUAUUGCCCAACACGACGUUAACGUACGACAUACAGAGGAUUAAUAUCUACGACAGUUUUGAAGCGUCGAGAAAAGCCUGUGACCAACUGUCUUUAGGUGUAGUGGCAAUAUUUGGGCCCUCACAUAGCUCGUCCUCAAACGCCGUCCAGUCCAUCUGCAAUGCGUUGGAAGUGCCACACAUCCAGGUGCGAUGGAAACAUCACCCUAUGGACAACAGGGACACAUUUUACGCCAACCUGUACCCGGAUUACUCUUCUCUCAGCUACGGCAUCUUGGAUUUGGUGCAGUUCCUCAAGUGGAAAACAGCCACAGUCGUAUAUGAUGACAGUACAGGUCUUAUUAGACUACAGGAACUGAUAAUGGCCCCCUCCAGGUAUAACAUCAGGCUAAAGAUUCGCCAGCUCCCUUUUGACGGUGAGGACCCAAGGCCUCUCCUCAAGGAGAUGAAGAGAGGACGGGAGUUUCGCAUUAUCUUCGACUGCAGCCACGAAAUGGCUGCACAGAUCCUUAAACAGGCCCAGACGAUGGGAAUGAUGACAGAGUACUACCACUACAUCUUCACCACUCUGGACCUCAUGGCUAUCGACCUGGAGCCCUACCGUUUCUGUGGCGUCAACAUGACCGGCUUCCGCAUCCUCAACGUGGACAACCCUCAGGUGGCGUCCAUCGUUGAGAAGUGGUCGCAAGAGAGGCAGAUACCUCCCAAGCCCGACUCGGGUCUCCUGGAGGGGAUCAUGACGACAGAUGCUGCUCUGACGUACGACGCGGUCCACAUCGUGUCCGUCUCCUACCAGCACGCACCACAGAUGACGGUCAACUCGCUGCAGUGCCACCGCCACAAACCAUGGAGGUUCGGCGGACGCUUUAUGAACUUCAUCAAAGAGUCUCACUGGGAAGGCCUGACGGGGAGGCUGUCGUUCAACAGGACCAGUGGCCUCCGCACAGACUUUGACCUGGACAUCAUCAGCCUGAAAGAGGAGGGCCUGGAGAAGGUGGGGAAGUGGAGUGCGUCCGGAGGUCUCAAUAUCACCGAGGUGCCCAAGCGGAAAGGGAUGAACAUCACAGACUCACUGGCCAACCGUUCCCUGGUCAUCACCACCAUCCUGGAGGAGCCAUAUGUCAUGCUUAAAAAGUCUGACAAGGCGCUGGUUGGCAACGACCGUUUCGAGGGAUUCUGUAUCGACCUGCUCAAGGAGCUGGCCAGCAUCCUGGGCUUCACCUACGAGAUCCGCCUGGUGCCUGAUGGGAAGUACGGAUCGCAGGACGACAAGGGCCAGUGGAACGGCAUGAUCAAGGAGCUGAUGGAACACAGAGCCGACUUGGCUGUGGCCCCUCUUACCAUUACCUACCUGCGUGAGAAGGUCGUGGACUUCUCCAAGCCGUUCAUGAGCAUGGGCAUCAGCAUCCUGUAUCGCAAGCCCAACACCACCAACAACGGCUUCUUCUCCUUCCUCAACCCCAUGACCCCUGACAUCUGGGUCUAUAUCCUGCUGGCCUACCUAGGCGUCAGCUGUGUCCUCUUUGUCAUCGCUAGGUUCAGUCCAUACGAAUGGUACGACGCCCAUCCCUGCAAUCCCGGAUCCGAUGUGGUGGAGAACAACUUCACCCUCCUUAACAGCUUCUGGUUCGGUGUGGGCUCCCUCAUGCAGCAAGGCUCUGAGCUGAUGCCCAAAGCCCUGUCCACCAGGAUCAUCGGAGGCAUCUGGUGGUUCUUCACCCUCAUCGUCAUCUCCUCCUACACGGCCAACCUGGCCGCCUUCCUCACCGUGGAGCGCAUGGAGUCGCCCGUGGACUCUGCCGACGACAUCGCCAAGCAGACCAAGAUUGAGUACGGCGUGGUCAAAGACAGUGCCACCAUGUCUUUCUUCAAGAAAUCAAAGGUGUCUACUUUUGAGAAGAUGUGGGCUUUUAUGAGUAGUAAACAGAGUACGUCGCUGGUCAAGUCCAUUGAGGACGGCAUCCAGAGGGUUCUGAAGUCUGACUAUGCCUUGCUCAUGGAGUCCACCACAAUUGAUUACAUUACCCAGCGGAACUGCAACCUCACCCAGGUUGGAGGCGUCAUUGACAGCAAAGGCUAUGGAAUAGGCACUCCCAUGGGCUCUCCAUACCGGGACAAAGUGACCAUCGCCAUCCUGAGCAUUCUGGAGGAUGGCCGUCUGCACAUGCUCAAGGAGAAGUGGUGGAGCGGCAGCAGCUGUCUGGACGAAGAGCGCCGUGAGAAAGCCGGCCCCAUGGGCAUUCAGAACCUGGGAGGGAUCUUUAUAGUGCUGGCGUCUGGCCUGGUUCUCUCCGUCUUUGUGGCUAUAGCCGAAUUCAUAUACAAGCUAAGGAAGACGGCGAAACGUGAGCAGGUCUUUCUGCAGUGCCAUGGUGGACGAGAUCAGACAGUCGUUCACCUGCGGGAGGCGUGUGAAACACAAGCACCGCCACCAGGUCCCGGUCAAGACGGAUGCAGUGAUCAACAUGCACACGUUCAACGACCGACGACUCCCGGGAAAGGACAACAUGAGCUGCACCACUGGGAUGACCCCCGUGUUCCCGUGACGGUUUGCGCCUCCCAGAGAAAGAGCCUCCUGGGCAAUGUGGAGGGCGUGAUUGGUCCCGAAACCUGGGACAAUGGAAUCGAGGGGAUCACCAGAUUCACCAUCAACCACAGCGACAUAGGGACACUAACGAAACAUGGAACACUAACUCAACAUGGUACUAUCAAAAUGGCAGCAUCGGCGACACAGGUAUGACAGCGUUCACCCAUGUAUUCCAAAAGAGACAGAAAAAGAGAGAGAGUGAGGUGGAGGAGGAGAAGAACCGUUCCUGGAAAAGGAAACAACAUCUCCAAAUAAUCUGUAUUCAAGUCCGAUGUUUACGUAAGUAACACAAAAAUACACUCACCAAGGAAUCACAAGAUAUCCAAGGAAUCCUUGAUUGACAACAAUGAUUCAACCUUUUUAUUGGACAUAUGGCAUAAAGACAGAGUUGGCUUCGUUGAGCAUGGCAAUAAAAGAACUACAGACAGACAUGGGAAAUGGGGUUUUGGUGGGAGAUCAGUUAUGUCACACAUAGCACAUCACGAUCAUUGAAAGUCAAAGUUCUGACCGAUUCUUUUUUAUCUUGUCUGGAGGUCCUUUGGAAGCAGAAAAGUAUGUUACCUCAAACCUUGUACAGACACAACAUUAAGUUCUUGAUUCGCUCUCUUUGAGUCACCGUCUAUUUUGUGGGAGGCGUUUUUAAACGCAUGGCUUGGACCACCGGACUUCUAUAAUUCCACUAGAAGAAACACGUCCUUAGUACAUGCAGAUGACAGCAAUGGAAUCCCAACAGUGAGCAAAUCCCAUAGUAAGAGAGAGCAUUAGUCACUCAGUGAACUUGGUUUGCAGAGCUUUAAUUGACAAAAAAAUGACUGUUCAACGAGAGAGAGAGUUGACAUCACUGAAGCUAUCCUGAGGUUUUAAUGGGGCGACCUUGAUUUAUUGGUAAUAGAUUACAUUUACACAUAUUGUGCCAUUUUGUUAUUGUGACUAAACACAAUGUAGGGCCCUAUUUGUUUGCGCUUCCCCACAUUAUUUGCAGACGUAUGUUUUGUGGACAUUAAGAUAAUCUUGUACGUGGGAAAAAAAAUAAGAACAAUGAGCUAGCCAAUUGCCAAAGAUCUGCCCGUAAAAUAAAACUAAACAUUGGAUGUGACUGCUCAUGCAAGUGCUUCAUGAGAUACUGAUCCCAAAUGUGUAAAUUAGACUAUGUUGAUGAAGAAUAUCCAUGGCCUUUUUCCUCUUUACAACACAGGGUAAUGUGUUCCUAUCAGUAAUGAAGGGUUAUGGUUAGGGUUAUAGUCAGCUAGUUAGUUAGCCAGCUAGCUAGGAUAGCUUGGCUAAUUGGUUAUCUCUAGUUGGGUUAUUUCUGCCCAUGUCCACUUAAUAAACAUUUCAGAGAAAUGUGUCUACAUUGGCUUUGAGUUGUUAAAAAAACAAACAAUGGCAAUAUAACAUUUUCAGAAGGCAAUCAGCCAUCUGUUUCCAUUUUGUGAAAGUGUCUCUACAAUAAGGCCCCUCGGAAAUAGCCAUGUUAUAAUCGCACAACGUCCAUUGAAUUGCUCUUGCUGCUUGCGAUUAAUUACUUUCUGACUGCUAAACAGAUACUCUAAUCUAAUAAUAUCAGUGAUAUGAAAGAAAUGCAGAGAGCACAGAACAGAUGUACAGACUGCAUAGUCACUGUUUUAAGCUGGUUGGUUUUAGUUCUGUAAUUGCAGGUGAUUGUAAAUGACUCGGUUUAGUAUUGUGUUGGGCGGAGGACAUUGGACAAGGGGACCUUAUAAGUAAGAAACAAAUGCUGUCAUCAUUUUGAAUGGUACCACAUACUGUUCCUUCUAUGUGUGUUUACUUUGUGGCCAUGGCAACAGUGAAUGUCCUUGGGACUCGCAAAUUAUUUUGCUUAUUCAUAUUGCAGGGCCGAUAUUAAAGCUUUGUGGCAGCGUUUUCCGAACGCUACGCUACCGUUACGGAAAUGAGAUAAGCUAGCUCUGAGCGGCUGAUGAGACCCUUUUGGUUUUUGCAUUUGAUUUUCAUACUGUGCACUAGAAAUAGAUAUCAUUAAAUGAAUCAUUAUCAUGAAUCAAUAUCAUGCUCAGAUGAUGAGAUGAACAAACAGACGGAAGAUCUGAAGUUUGGGUUUUCUGGGUUCAUGUUGUCUGAAACGCCUAUAAACUGUAUAUCUGCAAUGAGUAUUGAGCUGUAGGAUGCUAGGAGUCUAUAUGUGAGCUGCCGGAAUAGGGAGCUGAAGAGACAGCAUACCUCUGUGAGGUUUACAAUAUUGAUAAAAAAAAAGACAAACUAUCUUGGGUUCCUUUUUUUUCAACAUUAACAAUGUAAAGAUUCAAGGAAAUUUACAUCUGUGUGACUUAUUAUUGGUUUGGUAGAAACUCAUUGUAUAAAUGUUAAUCAACUCCCUUCUGCAAAGUAGAGUAUAUGUAGAUAAGAUGAACAGGAGAAAAUGUAUUUUGCAAAAUUUUUACAGGUAAAUACAUACAUUUUUGCUCUCAGCCAAACACAAUUUUUUAAUUUAAAUUCGGUUUCAUAUGCCACUUUAACCUGUACCCCACUCCCACUUCCCCAUCCUCCAUAUUAAUUUAUUCAAUUGGAAUGGAUCAUAAUAUAUUAUAUUGGAUUAUGAUCAUCAAGAGUAGAAUAUUAUAUGUAAAUCUUAUUUUAUCGCACCUAAUAUAUUGAUAUGAGGUGUAUGUGACGUUGUGAUAUUGAAUUUCCCCAAAACUGUAGAGGAAACUUCUUUAGAAUAGAUUUUGUAUGAUCUCUUUUCUUCUCUUUUGAAACCCAUGAUGCAGUUGGGCAAAGACUGGUUGUUACACCACAUGUUAGACUGGCUUCCAGUUGAAUUCCCCUUUGACUGCAAAACACAAGUUACUUUAGUGCUUUUUUUUAUUAAUCCAUAUACUCUCCGAAAUAAUUGUGGUGAAAAUGGACAUCAGUGAUCCAUUAAUAAAACGAUUUAAAUGUACUACCAAGAUUUGAGUUCAGUUAAUUCAAUCAAUCCCAAUUAUAAAAGCAUACUGUCUUUUUUUUAUACCAAAAUGUGAAUCCAGUUAUUUUACAACAUUUUAUGAAAUCUAAGAUAAAAAUAAUGAAAAAAAUAACAUAACAUGUGCAGUAUUUGCUAUAAGUUAGAAUGAGUUACACUUUAUUAAGCAAUCAAACAGUCACAGCGCUAGGUAUUUAUUUAUGUUUUGUUAUUGAGUUUAGUUGAAUUGUCUACUUCUAUCGUUUGACAGGAAACCUCUCAAACAAUAGGAUUAAUAUGUUGGUGCCGACCAGGGUUUUCUUUGUGGACAUGCAGAAUUUCUAUGAAUAUAGUUUUUUGUAACGUUUUGUAACAUUUUCUGUUUACCUAAUAACUGUAUGUGUUAAGAGAAUACCAUUAUUAGAAUAAACAAGUAAAACAUGGGGAAAUACAAAAUCAUAGAGAGGCUAUUGCGUAAUUUUCUUUUUAACACACUGUGAAUAAUUCAAUUGUACAGUUUGCUGUAUGGGUUAUAUGAUUUUAAUGUUUUAAAUAAAACACGUAAAACUAUA